GGCUCGCGGACCCAAACAACUCUUCCUCCUCCUCCUCUUCCUCCUCCUCCUCCUCCUCCUCCUCCUCCUCGCGGACCAUGGACGGGAAUCAGUGUUCACUUCCUCCCUCGGCUGCUCUGCGAACAUGAGCACCUCCAGUCCGUCUCCAGUGGAUGGCACCGAUAGGCUGUGUGUUUCUGAGCGCGCUCAGUCCGUCCCGUCUCCGGUCCUUCACCUGCGUCAGCUCCCUGCUGACGUCUCUGAACAGGAAGUGAUCGCUCUGGCGCUUCGUUUCGGCCGAGUCAGUAAGCUGAUAACGCUGAAGGCCAAACACCAGGCGUUUUUAGAAAUGGCGUCGGAGGAGGCCGCUGUUACCAUGGUGAACUACUACACCUCGGCCCCGCCCACCAUCAGGAACCAGCCAAUCUACAUUCAGUACUCCACCCAUCGCGAGCUCAAGACCGACAAUCUGACCAAUCAGGUGAGGAGCAGCAGCUCUCAGCAGCUCUGCAGGCCAUCAGUGGAGCAGCAGUGCAUUCUGGGAACAUGGCGUCGGGGGAGAGGGGGGGGCUUAGCUCCCUGUCAGAGUCCCGUCCUGAGAAUCAUCGUGGAGAAUUUAUUUUACCCGGUGACACUGGAGGUCCUGCAGCAGAUCUUCAGUAAGUUCGGCUCGGUGUUGAAGAUCAUCACGUUCACCAGAAACAAUCAGUUUCAGGCUCUGCUGCAGUUCAGUGACACCGUGCACGCUCAGCACGCCAAGGCAUCUCUGGACGGUCAGAACAUCUAUAACGGCUGCUGCACGCUGAGGAUCGACUUCUCCAAACUGAGCGCGCUCAAUGUGAAGUACAACAACGACAAGAGCCGAGACUUCACCAGAGCCGACCUCCCGUCCGGAGAGCUGGACCCCAACGCCGCCUUCGGUGUAGCUCUUCCUCCGUACGGUGCAGCAGCUUUCCAGCCGACCUUCCACCAACACACAGGUCUGUCCAUGGCGUCCGUCCCCGGUCCGUUGGUGUCUCCUCCUCGUGUCUCCCUGCAGGUGGCGCCUCCUGCUGGUCACUCGGUGCUGCUGGUGUCCAACCUCAACCCAGAGAGCGUCUCGCCUCACUGCCUCUUCAUCCUGUUUGGUGUUUAUGGAGACGUUCAGAGAGUGAAAAUCCUCUUCAACAAGAAGGAGAACGCUCUGGUUCAGAUGAGCGACGCCACUCAGGCUCAACUCGCGAUGAGUCACCUGAACGGGCAGCGUCUCCAUGGUAACGUGAUUCGGGUGAUGCUGUCCAAACACCCGGUGGUGCAGCUGCCCCGCGGGGGGGCGGGGCAGGAAGAGCAGACGCUGACUCGGGACUUCUCAGGCUCCGCCCUCCACCGCUUCAAAAAACCUGGAUCCAAAAACUUCAACAACAUCUUCCCUCCGUCGGCGACGCUGCACCUCUCCAACAUCCCGUCCCCCGUCAGCGAGGAGACGUUGAAGGACUUGUUCUCCUCGGCUGGAUUCAACGUCAGAGCCUUCAAGUUCUUCCAGAAGGACAGGAAGAUGGCUCUGAUGCAGCUGGAGUCUGUGGAGGAAGCCAUCGAGGCUCUGAUCGCUCUGCACGACCACCAGCUGGACCACAACCAGCACCUCCGAGUCUCCUUCUCCAAGUCCACCAUCUGACCUCCGAGUCUCCUUCUCCAAGUCCACCAUCUGACCUCCGAGUCUCCUUCUCCAAGUCCACCAUCUGACCUCCGAGUCUCCUUCUCCAAGUCCACCAUCUGACCUCCGAGUCUCCUUCUCCAAGUCCACCAUCUGACCUCCGAGUCUCCUUCUCCUAGUCCACCAUCUGACCUCCGAGUCUCCUUCUCCUAGUCCACCAUCUGACCUCCGAGUCUCCUUCUCCAAGUCCACAUCGAACCUCUGAGUCGUCUCUUCCUACUGCUGACUGCCUCAGAACCCUUCAUCUGACCUUUGACCUUUGGAACCGAUGACCUGACCAGUCUUCAGGGCUUCUGAUUGGCCCAUGGUGGAAACAAAUGGACCAAUGUGAGAGCUCCGACAGCACCGAGCUUUCUGUGCCUACAAACACUCUGACAUCACAGUGACAGAUGAUGUCAUCACGCAGGGGGGUCGCCAUGGUUACAGAGGUUACACAGCACAUUCCUGAGCAGACUGAGCUACAAGUAGCAAUGCAUUGUGGGUAAUGGAGUCCAAAAAAAACACUAAACUGAAACAAAAAAUUGGGAAAUUAACAAAAGUUUGUUUAAGUUUCCAGUUUUUGCAAGAUUGUCUCUGAUUUACACAUUUUUGAAUUCUCAGCGCCGUGCCUUUAUCAUUGGCACGUCACACGCUGUCUGAUUGGCUUAAAUUAAUAAUAAUAAUAGUUAUUGUAGGAUUUUAGCUGCGAUCUCGACCGACUGUCUUCUGUGCCUUAUUUCUAUGAAUUAUUCUGCUGUUUUUUAGACGUAUCUGCUGUUUGAGUGGAGUUUUGGUGGCGGGUUGUGUUUGUUGAUUGAAGUUUAUUUCAUUUAGUUCAGAAUAAUUUUGUGUUUUCUGUCGUAUUGUUGGUAAAUAUAGAGAAUGUUUUUUAAUCAUGAAUGUGUUUAUACUGUACAACAUGACAAAGGUAAUGCUUUCAACGCCCCGCCCACCUCUCGUACCUGAGUGUGUGUAUUUAUUUAUCAGUGUGUGUGUAUAUAUAUACAUAUUUAUAUGUAUAUAUAUAUGUGUGUGUGUGUGUGUGUGUGUGUGUGUGUGUGUGUAACAAGCUGAGCUGUGAUUGGUUGAUCUUUAAGUGUCCCAUUCUUUUUUCUAUUAAAAAAUAUUAAAUUCAAAUCCAGCUCUUGUUUUUGAAAUCUCUGGUAAAUUAAAGUUUUUGGGGAUCUUUGAUGUCGAUCAUUUUCUGUAAACAGGAAAUAAGCCACAAAAAAAACAGGAAGCUGCUGUUUCCCAGUGAGCCUUCUGACCUCUGACCUCUGACCAGAGCUGAUUGGAUUAAAUAUUAGAUAUUAAAUAUUAAAUGCUUUACUUGUUGGUUUGUUAAGCUAUAAAAUAAACCGUCCAGCAAACAUAUUUUAAUUAGAUUUUUUAAGUUAACCCUCAAACCAAGCCAAAGUUUGUGUGCCUUUUAAUUGGACCAACUCAUUAUCUCAUUAUGACAUCACUUCCUGUUUGAAUGGCUUUCCAAACUUUUAUUUUGUUCCUACUGUUUAAGGUUUUGUAUUUUUUUAUGUUUUCAUGUCUUAAUUUGAAAAAGUUACUUGUUUCACAUGAAGUGAAUGUAUUUUUUUUCAUGACAUCACAUCCUGUUUCAGGGUUACAUAACCACGCCUCCAUAUGCAUGAAGCCACGCCCCUUCCAUCAAUCAAAACAGCAAUCAAUUAAGACCAAAGGAACCACUCUUUGUUAAGAUUUCCCAGCAUGCAGUUCAGAACUUCAUCAAACUGUUCUUGUUGGCUAAAUUCUCUGCAAGAAAAUAUGUUGAAAAUAUUUUAUGUUUCAAAACUAAAAUAAAAGAUGUUACAUGACACUUCACAUUUUGUAACACGUUGAUGUUACAUAACCGUAGUUAACUUGUUAAUGUUGCGUUAUACAAAAGUAACAGCCAACAUUCUACAUGUAGUAUAAAAUACUUCUAUGUAACACGUUUGUAUUUAACAGGUGACUAUACUUACCUGUGUAAUUGUAAGUACUGUGACAUGUUAAGUACAAGUUAAACCUGUAUCUGACACACUUUGACACUUUACACAUUACAAAACCUGUAAUUUACAAGUCACGACUUUGAACCUGUGACAUUAACUGUUUAGAAUAACUUUUAAGACGUCACAGUUUAAAUACUAAAGUUGUGUGUUACACACGUCGUAGGUACUUGGUACAAUACUUCUGGCAUUACACAUUACAUAUGUGUUAGAAGUAUAUAGACACAUACAAGUAUGUAAUAUCUUACACUACAUGCUUAAAUCCAUGUAUUGUCAAGUAGUAGUAUUGAAACAGGACACACUUGUAAAAGGUUACAAGGUUAAUGCUACUUCUUAUACUUGAAGUUUUGUAACGUUAAAAUACUUUACCCGAUACCUACUUGUUACAUUACAUAAUACAUAAGACAUGUACUGUGAUGUUUAAUUGUAAGUAUUUAAAUGUUACAUUCUUUGUUCCUUUUGUGUAACAUGUUCAUAUUAACAGUCUUACAUAUUUACGUUGCACACUUGCUCCACGUUAUCAAUAAGUAACCUUAUAUUGUUAUUUGUAUCAUGAAGACAUGAAAACAUAAAACUGUCUAUUACGUAUUUUAACUUAUUGAAAACAUAUUUUUUCAAGCUUGCCUGAUUGCAUUCAAAUGUGUUUAUAGUAGAUUAAAACGUUUUAGAAUAAUUUAUUAUUAUCUGAAGGCGCUGGUUUACAGUUAAAUGACUGUAAUGUAAAUGUAAUGUAUCUCUCUAAACUGUUUUUGUACCUGAAUGUUUCCGUUUGUUUUUCUAUGCUGAUGAAUGUUAAGUCAAAGUGGUGCAUUGUGGGAGCAGAUGGGACUUUUGUUGUCUUUAUAUUAAACAUUUUUAAUAUUGAACCAGUGCAUGGGGGGGAGGGGGGUACUGUGAUUUAAUUUUUAUUUAUUCUGAAAGGGAGACAGGAAGUUGAAGCAUGAGUCCCUGAGUAAAUAAAUAAUCUGACAACCAAUGGCUGUCCUCCGUUUCUGCAAGCCCCACCCACAAUCCAUCCUUCCAGCCAAUUAGAUUGUGGCACAUUUUCAACAACACAUUAGAAAGUUCAGCUUUGAAAGGAUAAAUCUUUAUUGUUCCUUUGUUGACACAAUCCUUCACUGUGAUUGGUCGGUUCGCAGACUACAGCAGAUAAUUGUCAUAAAAAAACAACCAAAAAACAAUAACAAUAAACAAAUAAGAAUCCUACGAUCCUAUUGGACGACAGCGGCAGAGGUUCAUCCGACUCAUAGCUGACGUCAUCAACCAAACCCCCCCCCCAGCUACACAAACAGCUAAUGCUAACAGUGAAGCUACACAGCUUUAAAAAAAACAAAACUGCAAUCCUCCACACACACACACACACACAGACACACACACACACACAGACACACACACACACACACACACACACACACACACACAGUGUUUACAGUGUUCAGACUCUGCAAAACAAACAAAGUUCAGAAAUGUGGAUUUUUUUUUGUAGUUUUAUCGUUUAAUUAUUUGGUCCUGUUUCUAUUUGAUGUUUUUUUGAGUCACAUGAAAUGCGUUGACCGUUACUGUCUCAGAAUACUGGAGUUCAUUCAGUGCUGAACUGUGUUAAAAGUCGUUUUUCUGUUGGGGAGGGAUGAAGAAAGAAAUAUACAACUAUAAAAUAGAAAACUAAUUGGUUCACAAAUCAACAAAAAUGCUCUGAUCUCAUUGGCCAAUCAAUCUUGUUUUUGUCACGUUUGUUUUCUGUGGCAACUUCACAAAAGAAAAAACAUUAAGACGUUUUAGAAGAGCGAGAGUUUGAUCUCUUAAUUAAGUUUCUUUUUACAAAUACGAUACAGAUUUUCUGAUUUUAUACUUAUUUUGAAAAAUCAAGAGAUACAGAAAACAGUGUCGUAAUUAUGAGUUCUUUUUUAUAAUUACAGAUUUGGUAACUAUAAAAAAAGUUUUCACCAAAACGACAUUUAGUCUAUUUUUAAAAAUGUUUCAUACUUAUGAACCAAUUCAGUAAAAGCGAAAUAGAGAUAUUUUAUUUUAACAGAAUGUUUUCGUACAAUACGAAAAUAAAGAAGUCGUAGUUAUGUGAUCUUAUUGUAUAAUUAACAGUUUGGGAAUCAGAGAUACAGAAGAUAAAGUUAUAAAAAAUGUCUCAGCUUUUUUUCUUUUUUUGUAAAUGCAGUCCUCUUCUGUAAAAUGCAACUUUUUUUUGUUUGUUUUGUUCUUUUUAAGACAAAAAUCAAAACUUCAUUCUUUCUCCUUAUUGGCUGUUUGUAUGUUUUUUUUUUUUUUUUUU